GAGCACGUGACCGCAACACUAACCGAAGAGAGAAAGAGAGAGAGAAAGACAGAGAGCGCGAGCGGCAGUUGCGGGCCUGUCUCCAUCCGAACUGAGCCGCGCGGAUGAAGCGCCGGUCACCUUCGGAGGAGCAUCACGGGAAGCUUCCCCGGGUCAGUGUCCCCGCUGCGGCCGCCUCAGCCUCACCGCAGAGCGACAUGGAGGACAAAUCCACGUUCAGUCCACGGGAACUCACCCAAAACCCUUUGAAGAAGAUCUGGAUGCCAAAUAAAAAUGGCCUUCCUGAAAAACACAUUUCUCAUCGAAGGGUAUGUGCGACCAACUGUCCCACCCUGAUCGUCACCGUGGGCCUGCCUGCAAGAGGAAAGACCUACAUCUCCAAGAAGCUGACCCGCUAUCUGAACUGGAUCGGCGUGCCGACUAGAGAGUUCAAUGUUGGACAGUACCGGAGGGAGUUCCUGAAGAUCUACAAGUCCUUUGAGUUCUUCCGUCCCGACAACGAGGAAGGGUUGAAGAUCAGAAGGCAGUGUGCUUCGGCGGCUCUGAACGACGUGCGGCAGUAUUUAACAGAGGAAGGAGGCCAAGUCGCUGUUUUUGAUGCAACAAACACGACCAGAGAGCGAAGGGACACCAUCCUGGAGUUUGCAGAACAGAACGGGUUUAAGGCGUUUUUUGUCGAGUCGGUGUGUGAAGACCCUGAAGUCAUUCAGGAGAACAUCGUUCAAGUGAAGUUGGGAAGCCCAGAUUACACCAACUGCAACACGGAAGAAGCAGUGGAGGAUUUCAUGAAGAGGAUAAAGUGUUAUGAAAACUCUUAUGAGACGCUGGAUGAGGUCUUGGACAGGGAUCUCUCCUUCAUCAAGAUCAUGGAUGUCGGCCAGCGCUACUUGGUCAACAGGGUGCUGGACCACGUCCAGAGCCGGAUCGUCUACUACCUCAUGAACAUCCACAUCACGCCGCGCUCCAUCUACCUGUGUCGCCACGGAGAAAGCGAGCUCAACGUCAAGGGUCGGAUCGGAGGCGACUCGGGUCUCACGCCGAGGGGGAAGGAGUUUGCUAAGAAGCUGAACCAGUUCAUCCAGACUCAGGAAAUAAGCGAGCUGAAGGUUUGGACCAGCCAGAUGAAGAGAACCAUCCAGACGGCAGAGGCCCUCAAUGCCCCCUAUGAGCAGUGGAAGGUCCUCAACGAGAUCGACGCGGGUGUGUGUGAGGAGAUGAGGUACGAGGAGAUCCAGGAAAAUUAUCCCCUGGAGUUCGCCCUGAGGGACCAGGAUAAAUACCGCUAUCGCUACCCAAAAGGAGAGUCCUACGAGGACCUGGUGCAGCGCCUGGAGCCCGUCAUCAUGGAGCUGGAGAGGCAGGAGAACGUGCUGGUCAUCUGCCACCAGGCGGUCAUGCGCUGUCUGCUGGCCUACUUCCUGGACAAGACGGCAGAGGAGCUGCCGUACCUGAAGUGCCCACUGCACACCGUGCUGAAGCUGACCCCCGUGGCCUACGGCUGUAAAGUGGAGUCCAUCAGCCUAAACGUGGACGCGGUCAACACGCACCGAGAAAAGCCAGAGAACGUUGACAUCCAUCGUACCACUCAAGACGCCCUGCAGACCGUUCCUGCUCACCUCUGAUGUCUGGGUUGGAACCGGGUGAUACUGAAGUAAACUCCCUGACCCCACCCGUACCGGUCUUGUGCGUUUCUCACAUUUCCAGUCACUCCAAUCGCUUUCCACUGGUGACCCAUUGAUUGGGGGGCCGACGUGCCACACUGCCACAACCUGUAGCUCCUCCUUGUGUCCUGUGUUUGUCCUGUUCGAGUUUAAGGAGGAACGUCUGACCUUUGUGACCCAGAUGUUCAUAUCGUAAACACUCAGCUCACGGCGGUCAUUAAAUUCGCCGUUUUCAGCGUUUUGAAGUUGUGCGGCGUCACUGGGAUGUUACUGUAGCGUGUUUUCAAGUGGUUUUCACAAAAUAACAUUGUGGUUCAUCUGCUGCAUGUUUGACUUUGUGCAAUUAUAAUUUCACAUGAAGGUGGCUUCAGUGAUCAUGUGCAAUUCUGAAGGUUCUGAACCUGCUCUGAUAUGAAAACAAAGCUCUUUACGAUAACUGUCUGUGCUAAUAGGAGUGAUCGGAGCAGUAAACUAAUAAACUGUCGUUAGAAUUGGGUGGAAAUAGGUUUUUCCCCCCCUUCCUAGUUACUGUACGUGAUGGGGUAAGCCCACCUGUCAAAUAUUAUUGUGAAGCAACACAUUUCAGCAAUAGGAAUGCAAAAAGGAUCGUUAGCCAAAAAUAUUGGUGAAAAUGUAUGUUCCAGCUCUACUGCAAUAAAGAUCUUAUUUUUCUAAACCACUCGGUAUUUUUGUUUUAUUGAUUUGUUCCACUUAUUGUAUUUUCUGAAUGCUUUACUUUUUCCAACAGCAUUAGCCUCUCCUCUGCUCAAAGACAGCAAUACAUUAUAUGACGUGAAAUAUGCUUGAUAUGAUUCAUUACUGACAGGAAGUUAGGCAUGCUCUCUCACCAGUGGGUGAAGCUGAAGUAUUGUCAUAAACCAAUUACUUUGUCAUUUUCUGGUGUGACACGGUAGUAUUUUUCAAAAAUCUACAUAUUUUCUUGUGCCAAUUUGACAAUGAAGUGUCAAAUGUUACUAACUCGUUUUUACUGCCUGCACUAGUUGUAGAAUUAAACAAGAGGAAGUGAACGUUUUAGUAGGGGUUUACAUCAUGGAGUGACAGCUAUUGUUUUAUGUAGAAAGUGCUGCCAAUGUGAAGUUACUGUCUUAACCGAAAGUAAUAAGAUAUAAAGGAAAAGCAGUUACCUCAAUUUUCAUUAUGACGGCUAUUUGCUGCAAGUAUGACAUUGACAACUUUAAAGUAGCCCGCUCAACCCCGCUUUAAAAACAAAUGACCUUUUCUCCCUGAAGUGUCAUGCUAGCAUGCCGUCCGCAGCGCUUCCCCUUCCUCGCUGACAUGACCUCACUGCCUUCGACGAACCACUUCCUCAGAAAGUGUUUAUAGGUGCAGCGGCGGCAGCAGCACCAAACCAUGUAUGGCGCUUUUCUGACUCCAAACACACAAGUACAAACAAAUGACUUUUAUUUCUCUCAUUAUUUUCGUUCACUGGUUACCGUGGCAACUGUAGAGCGGCUUCCCACUCCGUUGAUUUAAUGCCGCGCGGAUCGCUCCCCUUAGACGUUUUUGUGUUCGAAACUUUGGAGACAAUUUUUGAAGCAACAGCGACAGAACAUACAGGACUCCGUUAGACAAUACAAAAAAAAACAAAAACCAAAAAAAAAAAACGGGCAUUUUUCUUCUUUUUUUUUAUAU